AUUGAGGUGGAGGAGUUCUUUGUUAAAUAUAAGAACUACUCCUACCUCCACUGCGAAUGGAAGACCUCCGAUGAAUUAUUCCUCGGUGACAAGAGGGUCCUCUCAAAAAUAAAAAGAUUCAAAUUGAAAAAAGCUUACCAGCCACUCAAUCAAGAAAUGGAUGAAGAAGACCUCUUCAACCCAGAUUACGUUGAAGUGGAUAGGGUGCUUGACAUGGCCACCACCAUUGAACCAUCCAGUGAAAGUGACACUGAACAGCAAGUGACACAUUACCUCGUGACCUGGAGGUCAUUGCCCUAUGAGGAUGCUACCUGGGAACUGGAAGCGGAUGUCGACCCGAGCAAGAUUGAGGCCUACUUGAAGCGGAAGGAUAGGCCCAGCGAUGAGUUAUGCAAGCCAAGGCCAAGUUCAAAGGAGUGGAGUUCUAUUGAGGAGAGUAAGUCGUACAAGAAUGGAAACACGCUGAGAGAGUAUCAACUGGAGGGACUCAACUGGCUGACGUUCAGUUAUUACAAUAAGCAAAAUUGCAUACUGGCUGAUGAGAUGGGUCUAGGCAAGACAAUACAAAGCAUCUCAUUUCUACAGGAAGUUUUUGAUUAUGGAAUCAGGGGUCCAUUUUUGGUCGUGGUACCACUCUCGACGAUUGGAAAUUGGCAGAGAGAGUUCGAGGGCUGGACGAAUCUCAAUGUCAUCGUCUACCACGGCUCACAAGCUAGUAGAAACAUGCUGCAACAGUAUGAGAUGUACUACUUUAACGAUAAGGGCAGCAGGUUAACGAGCAUCUGCAAGUUCCACGCCCUGGUCACUACGUUUGAGUGCGUCAUAUCCGACUUUGAUGAAUUGAGUCAGAUUGAUUGGAGGGUGGCCAUCAUUGACGAGGCGCACAGGCUCAAGAAUAGAAAUUGUAAACUUCUGCAGGGGUUGUCCUGCUUUGAUCUGGAACAUAGGGUGCUGCUGACAGGCACACCACUGCAGAACAAUGUGGAUGAGUUGUUUAGUUUGCUCAGCUUCCUUGAGCCCAAACAGUUCAGCUCUGCUGAUGCUUUCAUGGCUGAAUUUGGAAGGCUAGAGACUGAAUCGCAAGUUGAUAAGUUGAAAGCUCUCUUAAAACCUAUGAUGUUGAGGAGGUUGAAGGAAGAUGUCGAGAAGAAUCUGGCGCCAAAAGAAGAAACAAUAGUGGAAGUGGAGCUGACAAACAUUCAGAAAAAGUACUACAGAGCCAUCCUUGAAAGGAACUUUUUCUUUCUAGCCAAGGGUUCCAAUUCAGCAAACGUCCCAAAUCUGAUGAACACAAUGAUGGAGCUGAGAAAGUGCUGCAACCAUCCCUAUCUCGUCAAUGGUGCUGAAGAGCAAAUAUUGAGCGAGUUGAAUGUGCAAAGAGGUGAUCUCGAGCGACACUACCAGGCUUUAAUAACAUCUUCGGGCAAGCUCGUCCUAGUUGACAAAUUGCUACCAAAACUGAAGGCAAACGGACACAAGGUGUUAAUCUUCUCCCAGAUGAUUCGAGUUCUUGACAUUCUAGAGGAUUAUCUCAUACACAGGAAGUACCCGUAUGAGAGGAUUGAUGGACGAAUUAGAGGCAACCUCAGACAAGAGGCCAUAGAUAGAUUCAGCAAGCCAGAGUCAGAUAGAUUUGUGUUCUUAUUGUGCACCAGAGCUGGUGGCCUGGGCAUCAACCUCACGGCUGCAGACACCGUUAUCAUAUUUGAUUCUGAUUGGAAUCCGCAGAAUGAUUUGCAGGCUCAAGCUCGUUGCCACAGGAUUGGCCAGAUGAAGUCAGUGAAAGUGUACAGGCUGAUAACGCGCAACACGUACGAGAGAGAGAUGUUUGAUAAGGCCUCACUCAAACUCGGUCUCGAUAAGGCAGUCCUUCAGUCUAUUGGUAGCAAGGAAAUGAAUGUUCAAAACCAGCUAUCGAAGAAGGAGAUAGAGGAUUUGUUGAAGAGAGGUGCCUACGGUGCCCUCAUGGAAGAGGAUAAUGCCGGUGAAAAGUUCUGUGAAGAGGACAUUGAACAGAUACUACAGAGGCGAACUCAAGUAAUUCAGAUAGAAUCGGGCGCGAAGGGAUCCACCUUCGCCAAGGCCAGCUUCAACAUGUCUUCCAACAGGACAGAUAUCGACAUUGAUGAUCCAAAUUUCUGGCAAAAGUGGGCCAAGAAAGCAGAGGUGGAUGUGGAAAAUAACAAAGGAAAGACAAAUCUUAUAAUGGACGUGCCGAGGCAGCGUAAGACGACGAGUCGCUACGGUCGGCAAGACAACAUCGUCAACAUGUCUGAUCUGGAUUCGAGUAACUCGGACACCGACAACAACAAUAACGACGAUGAGGAGAUGUUUCAGGACGACUCGGAUGGUGCCAGGUCAUAUACUAGGUCCGAUUGCUUCAAAGUUGAGAAGACCCUUCUCAUAUUUGGAUGGGGAAGAUGGAAGGAUAUACUUAGACAUGGAAGAUUUAAACACAAGUUAAGCGUUGAAGAUGUUAUCACAAUCACCAGAGCUAUGCUGAUGUUCAGCCUGUACCAUUAUGAGGGUGAUGAGAAGAUAAAAAAGUUCAUAUUCGACCUUAUAUCUCCGUCUGAAGAUGGGCUUGAAAAGGAUUAUAAGAAUCACUCAGGGCUCUCGGCCCCAGUGCCCCGGGGUCGUAAGGGCAAGAAGUACAAGAAGGAUGGCAACAAGAGGACACAGUUGGACGACGACCUGCUCAAGUUGGAUAUUGACGUCGAUGGCAUACUGGUUGAUGAGAGUUAUCGAAAACAUCUUAAGAGGCAGUCUAACAAGGUCCUGUUGCGUGUAAGACUGCUGUACUACCUGAAGACUGAGAUAAUUGGAAGAUACACUGAACAGAUUUUGAGUGGUGCUCACGUCGGUGAGAUAUCAAUCCCGAUAAUGUGUGCAGACGUAGAUCAGCCUGUUUUCUGGUGGGACCGGGAGGCGGACAAGAGCCUUCUGGUCGGAGUCUACAAGCACGGCUACGAAAAGUACAAUCAAAUUAGGCAGGACCCCUGCCUCUGCUUCCUCAAGAGGUGUGGGCCUCCGGAUGAUAAGGCCCUAUUGGCUGAACAGAAUUCUGAUGGGGAGGAGCCCAAAGAGGAAGAGGACGAGGAUGAUAUGAGGCCGAAGAAGAGAGGUAGAAGGAAGAAGAAAAUGAAAAAGAAGCUGACCAAUGAUGACGACGACGAUUACGUUUCAUAUGAUUACAAAGGAAGUGUCAAGGCUGGUGGAGCCCUUGAAAAUGGUAAGCUACCUUUCCCUAGUGCUUCUGAUCUGAACACUAGGUUCAGGAGAAUUAUUACCAGCUUCCAAAGGUGUCACAAGCAGGGCAUGCUUAAAUUGGAACAAGUUGCUAAGAAGCUGCACAGACGUGAGCAGCUGAAGGAUCAGCGCGAAGGAGCGGACGUUCAUUACGUAAGUCCCAAUCAUCUCAAAUCUGUCAGACUGGAAAGUGUCGGGGAUAACCCACUCAGGCUUGCUGAACAACUAAACUGGACGAGAAGAGAGGAGACGGAAUUCUACCGGGUCGUGUCGACGUACGGGGUGGAGAGGGACGUGACAGGGACGUACAUCUGGGAUACAUUCAGGACACUGGCGAGACUCGAUCGCAAGAAUGACGACACGCUGACUGAAUACUUCAAGGCUUUCUACCACAUGUGCAUGCGUGUCUGCCAUAGACUUCAAUCUGAAGAUGAGUCUCGUCCGCCGAACAAUAUGUACGUCACCUCAAUAACUGAGGAGCGUGCAAAUCGAAGUCUAGCUCGGAUAGAUCUACUAAAUAAGAUUAGGGAGCAGAUAAUAUUCCACCCCCAGCUAGAUGAGAAGCUGUUGCUAUGUCAGCCUAGCUCCUAUCUGCCUGACUGGUGGAUUUGUGGACAGCAUGAUAGAGAUCUUCUAAUUGGUGCCGCUAAGCAUGGCGUAUCAAGGACUGAAGUUAACAUACAGUUCGAUCCGAAUCUCUCGUUCAGGAAGUACGCUGAAGCCGCUAAUAAUAGUAACAAUAAUAACAACAACAACGAUGAUGAUAACGAAAAGGAUGAGAAAAAUAUCAAUAGAGGUUCAAACCCCGGGUCGCCCACAGAUUACAACGACCUCAUGAAGAAAGAGGUCAAGGUCAAGGUUAAGAAGGAGGGGGAAAGAGAUGAUGCCGACGAUGAUGGGAAUGAUGCUGGUAACAAUGACAACAACGAUGGUGAUGGUGGUGAUGACGUUCUCACUGGAGACUGCACUGAAGUCAAGGAAGAGAUAGUUGCUGGAGAUGAUGAUGCAAAGGGAGAGGGCAAUGAUGAUGCCAAGGAUUUGACGAAUGGCGUGAAGGGAGGUGACGAUGAAGUGAUUGGAUCUCGUCCACAUAAUGGCUGGCCAAAGGACCGCCUGAUAUUCCAUCGCCUGGAGAACAUAUGCUACUGCGUCGAAGUCGGUAGAUGGCGCAUGAAUCACCGGCACCAUCAUCAGCAUCACUAUCAUCACCAGGCCCCCUAUUAUGGUGGGGGUGCUGAUAAUAGUUUUGAGCAGUCAUCCAUGCCGACGACACCGAGCAGAGGUGGAGGUCACGACUACACUCUAGUGCAUAGCAAUGCUUCAGAGCAGAUUGAAGGAUUGAAAUUAAAACUGCAGAAAAGAAGGUACAGGAGGUCAAAGCACGAUAAUGAUCUCGAAAAAGCUAAGAAGAUGUACCAUAGUGAACAUAACAGUGACAACGAGGUACUCGUGAACUCUAGCUACAGUGCUGAAAAUAUUGCUGAUGACGACUAUAUGAAAACGCUGAGGCACUCGAAAAACCCAGAGGCCAUGUUGAAUACGAGGAUUCCAGUGUACAACACGCAAGAUGGAAGUCGACUGUCUGGCGAGGAGGCACCGACGCUGAAAGUACUCGAAGACUGGCUCGAUCUACAUCCCGAAUAUGUCGUUGAUAAUGAGAAGUACCACCAACAGAGUCGCAAAAUGCGUCUGGACCCCAUGCGCCUGACACUGAACGAUCUGACGGGCGAAGAGAACGUGACAGUGGUAAACAGGAACACCGGUAAAAAGAUAUCAGGUAUGAAGGCGCCAAUGUUAAUGGACCUUGCAGACUGGCUGCUUAAGAACCAGGGCUUUGACGUUGAUUCCAGAUGGCACUCACUCAUUAGACAGCUUCACAAUUUUCCGGAAGAGUUAUACGAUCGACUGCUAGAGCCGUCGCCAUCCUCCUCAACAACUACAUCAACUGCAAACAGACCCUCGACGACGACGACAAACUACAACUCACACCACACAAGCAACAAUCCGACGACGACGGCUACCUUAAAGAUUAGCCAGCGUGCAGCUAUGUCUCCUGCUGAAAACAGCUCAAAAACCAGCAACGACAGCCAUCAGUCGAGAGAAAAGACGCCAAGACAGCAGCCACAACAGCUUCAACCGUCUUCAUCAUCAGCUAUUCAAAACAUACAAAAAUUUGGCGAGCGCUACUUUGCAGGCGAGACAACUAACUCUGCUUCUACGCAUCUAGGCUUGCUAAGAAAUGCUGUCAAGUUGCCUAAGAACUGUGGCGCGAAGAGUAGCGACACUGGCCGCCUGAAUAAUGAGGAAGAGGAGGAAGAUGAAGAAGAGGACGAGGAAGAAUUUGAUGAUGACGUCAACGAUGACGACGGCGUGAUAGGUGAGGAGCUGAUCGAGGAGGAGGUGGAUUUUGAUGAGGAAGAUAACGAAAAUGAAGAGGAAGAAGAAGAAGAUGAUGACGUUGAUAACGACGUUGAUGAUGAUGAUGAAGAUGAUGAAGGAUCUACUGUUAAUGAUGAGGAUGAAGAUGAUGAUGACUCUUAGAAUAAGCUUAUAUAUUGAUUGAUUAAUUAAUUAAUUAGUUAAUUAAUUGAUUGAUUUUAAUGACUGAUUGAUUGAUUGAUUGACUGAUUUUUUUAAUUGAUUAAUCACCCUGAUAUGUUUAUGGCGUUCGAUAUUCAUUCAUGUAAAUAUUACAAAAUAGUGUACGUUAUCGUAAUGAAUCUACUGUUCGUAAAUGAUGUGCGUGGGUGUGUGUGUGUGUGUGAAUGUGUGUGUGAAAGUGUGUGUGAAUGUGUGUUCGUGUCCGUUUAUUUAAUUACGUCAUCAUAGAUAAGUAAUUUUACUUUUUAUGUAAUUUUUUUAUAUAAAAGUACUAUUUCCUCCUGGCAUACAUACAUACAUAUAUAUAUCAUACAUAUGUAUGUGAAUCUACUAGUAUUAUAUACCAACAUAUAAAUAAAAUGUAUAUACAUUAAAUACAGAUGUAUUUUAUUACUACGUAUUUUUGUAUUAUGUUCGUAUUAUUAUUAUUAUUAUUAUUAUUAUUUACUGAAUUACUUAUUUUAAUAUAAAUGAAAAAAUUUAUACAUACAUCUCUCUCUCUCUCUCUCUCUCUCUCUCUCUAUAUAUAUAUAUAUAUAUAUAUAUAUAUAUAUAUAUAUAUAUAUGCUAGGUCCAAGCUCUUGUAGAACUGUGUAAUCUAAUAUUAAUGUAGUAAUUAUGACUGCACUUUGUAGGAAUUAUUUGUUAUUAUUAUUUGUUAUUAUUAUUAUUACUAUUAUUAUUGUUUUUCAUUAUAUAAGGACUGAGCUGUACAUGUAUAUGUGCAUUUCAAGAAAUAAAUUUACAAACUGUG